UUUCUUUCUGAAAAAUUGUCUUUUGCUUCUUUAGCAUUCAAUACUCUCCUCUUCUCUUUCUUUUUAUUUCUAUCCUCUCACCUAAAAUCUUUGUUCAGUUCUGCAACCGACUCUGUCUAGAUUCAUCUAUCCAUUUAUAAUUAACUAAUGCUGCAUGGUAGUACUCAAUUUCAAAUAUGAGUUAUUAUUGUUAUUUGUGUAGAUUGUAGAUAGAUAUCAAAAUAUAUGUGAACUGCUGCCUGCUAGCAUGCAUCCGUUUCAGAGCCAUUAGUAUAUAUACACCCACAUAUAUAUAACCCCUGUACUUAUCUCUACAAUCUGUCAUAUUACUUGUUACUCUCAUUUCUCCUCUAAAAGAAUGGGUACUUUGCCAAGAAGCCUUCUUCAGUCCAAUAUAGCUACUUCGGAGCAAGAAAGCAAGCUUCUUUCUGCAUCUAAUGAAGCUUCUCCUUUCAUGUCUAGUUCAAGCAAAAACCAAGUUUCAGAUCGUCAUCAGUUUCAUCAUCAGAUCCCUUCCGGUGUCAUGAUUCAACCUAACUCAUCAUCCUCAACCCUUAAUCCUUCAUCCAGUUUCAUGGAUAAAGAUGGAGCAGGACCAUAUGAUCUUGGUGAAUUCGAUCAAGCACUCUUUCUUUACCUUGAUGGACAAAACCCUAACUCAUCUGUCUCACUCCAAGAACAGAACACAGCAGCAGCAGCAGCUAAUAUCGGGGUGAGGCCUCCAACACUCAACAUAUUCCCAUCUCAGCCUAUGCAUGUGGAACCUUCAUCAUCAACAAAGGUAAGUGCGAUAAGCUUGGUUAACCCAGCAAUUGUUGGGUCUAAGAGACCAUUAUCUGAGACCUCUGAGCAAAAAGCUACUGUUGUUAAUGUCCCUUCUGCUGACCCUCAACCACCUAAAGGUGUCAAGGUAAGAGUGUGUAUAUAUACUAGUUGUUAAUGUCCCUUCUGCUGACCCUCAACCACCUAAAGGUGUCAAGGUAAGAGUGUGUAUAUAUACUAGACGUACUGAUCGCAUACAACAGGCACAUUCAAAACACCCACAGACAUGUACACCACAUA